CUACAAGCGUCGUUGAAUCACUACAUUGUAUUAUUUAACGGCAAUUGGAAGAUAAAUGCUCGUCUUUAUUACGAAACAGAUUAUUGUAUAAAAAGGAGCUCUGUAUAGAUUGCGUUUGGAUUAUUUUUAACAAAGAAAACAUGAAGUAAAGGUAAAUAUGGCGUCUAAAGGAUUCACCUCAAUACUUGCUAUUGUAUUAGGAAUCGCCUUUGUCGGCGUUCUUGUCACCAUGACCAUGCUACCUACAUCUCACAAAGUAACAAUGAAGUACGCUGCUAAAACCAUACCAUCCAGUUUGUCUUGGCCACAAGUGGAACGAGUUGGGAUUCAAGAAGAAAUUCGGCAGACUGGUCAACAUACUUGGAAUAUUUCUGCCGCUUCCAAAGGCAGCUAUGGACGCACUUGUGCUAGUCAAACCGAGGUGGUAUUUCUUACAGAUGUCAACUCUAUUUCACGGGGCGAUAUCUUCGAUUUGUCUGUCAUUGCACGUGAUAUUAAUGGUAGGAGACGUACUAUUGGUGGAGAUUUGUGGCGAGCAGUUAUAUACAACACGGGUAGCCACUUCGCAUCUAUGGGGAGAAUUACCGACCAUGGCAAUGGGACUUACACUGUGCAAUUUUACGCAGGUUUCUCGGGAGUUGUAAAACUACAAAUUGUGUUGGUCUUACAAAGAGAGGCAGUUAAGUACCAACGUGAAGUUGUUUUAUCUAUUGAAUCCCGAGCAUCCUGGAAUGGCAUAUUUCGAAGCGCUAACAAAACAGAAAUGUCAGAUUGUUUUGUGAAAAGAGAAGGUGAAUGGAAAGAUAAGUGUGAAUACCCGCACCCAGGAGCUUCAGGAAAUACAGUGUUUUUGUGUGAUCCACCUAAGUCACUGGAAUGUAACACGUUAGCAAACAUAUCUGUUUCAAAAAAUACAAGGAUUAGCAAAACAGAAACCGAUAUACUUGUCUCCCAUCAAUAUUUAUUUAAAGCACCAAAUGCAGUGCAGGUGAUCAAAAGCUUCCAGGACGAAUUUACGAUACAACGUCGGACGGUGUCAGACUACAUUAAAUACCAAGUGCCGCAGUGUGAAGGCGACUUAUCAGACACUGUAAGUGACGGAUACUGGCUUGGUACGAGAUGGUACUCACUGGUAUGUCAAAACAGAGAAUGGCACAACGCCAGGGAAGUUCAGAAAUGCCUGCAGGGCAAACAUGUAUACUUUCUUGGUGACUCCACCACAAGGCAGUGGUAUCAACAGAUGUUGCAAAUAGCUGGAUAUCCGAUGAAUGUCACAGAUAAAAAUUGGAGGAACCGUGUUGACAAUUUACCUGGUGAAUACAAAGUCAGUGGUACCGACUCAUAUGACAUGCUAGUCACAGACUUAAAAAAUAACAUUAAUUUCACUUAUCAUCACCAUGCACUAUCACGACACCCGCAGAUACCAAUAUCCCGUUUUCCAUACUUUGUUGAUAUUAUCGAUGGAUUGGCUUCUCCCGAAUGCAAUUACGUCAUUCUUAUAAGUCUCUGGGCGCAUUUUGACACUUGGACUACAUAUAGCUUCACGGAACGAAUUUUUCUUCUUGCAAGAGGCAUAAAGCACCUAAUGGAUCGCUGUCAAAACACCAUUGUAGCCAUCAAAGGAUCGCACGAAAGAAACAACAUUAACAAUUACUGGAUUUUGUAUGACAUGAAUCGAAUACUAAAAGACGAAUUUAAGGGACUUGGGGUGUUUUUUAUUGACAUCUGGGAUAUGAAUUUUGCAUAUGCAUUUUCACAUAAGAUGAAAAUGAGCAUUCACAUGCCUAUGCAUGUGAUAAAAGAAGAAGUGUUUAUGUUUUUGUCACAUGCUUGCCGCAAAUAA